UAAGCAACAGCAGCAGCAGCAGCAGCGACGCAAACAGAAGUUUGCCAGCAGCGAUCGGUGUGAGGGAUUGUCGAGGCAGCAGACCAGCGCACACUUCUAGCCAUGGUGCCCACCAGUCAUUACUUCUGGGCCAUAUUUUACUUUACCAGCCUGUGCAGCGCUUCAUUAGCAAAUAAUGCCAAAAUAAAUUUCCGAGAAAAGGAGAAAAAAGUCUUAGAUCAAAUUUUAGGUGCAGGCAAAUACGAUGCCAGAAUACGACCGUCUGGAAUAAAUGGCACAGAUGGCCCCGCUGUUGUGCGUGUCAACAUAUUCGUUAGAAGUAUAUCGAAAAUCGAUGAUGUAACUAUGGAGUACAGCGUACAGUUAACAUUUCGAGAGCAGUGGACGGAUGAGCGUCUAAAGUUUGAUGAUAUACAAGGUCGUCUAAAGUAUCUGACGCUGACGGAAGCAAAUCGUGUCUGGAUGCCGGAUCUUUUCUUCUCCAACGAGAAAGAGGGUCAUUUCCACAACAUCAUUAUGCCCAACGUGUAUAUACGCAUCUUUCCCAACGGCUCGGUGCUCUACAGUAUACGCAUCUCAUUGACAUUGGCAUGUCCAAUGAAUCUAAAACUGUAUCCACUGGAUAGGCAAAUAUGCUCACUUCGCAUGGCAAGCUAUGGCUGGACUACGAACGAUUUGGUAUUCCUUUGGAAGGAAGGAGAUCCAGUGCAGGUGGUUAAGAACUUACACCUACCACGCUUCACAUUGGAGAAGUUUUUGACUGAUUACUGUAACAGUAAAACCAACACGGGUGAAUACAGUUGCCUCAAAGUCGAUCUACUAUUCAAGCGAGAAUUCUCAUAUUACUUAAUACAAAUUUAUAUACCAUGCUGUAUGUUGGUCAUUGUCUCAUGGGUAUCAUUCUGGCUGGAUCAAGGUGCAGUGCCAGCGCGAGUGUCGUUAGGCGUAACAACACUGCUUACCAUGGCCACACAAACAUCGGGCAUUAAUGCCUCACUGCCACCCGUUUCCUACACAAAGGCCAUCGAUGUGUGGACCGGCGUCUGUUUGACGUUUGUCUUUGGAGCGCUGCUUGAGUUCGCAUUGGUGAACUAUGCCUCCCGCUCAGGUUUGAAUAAAGCUAACAUGCAUAAGGAGAAUAUUAAAAAGAAACGUCGCGAUUUGGAGCAGGCCAGCUUAGACGCUGCUUCAGAUCUGCUCGACACAGAUAGCAAUGCUACAUUCGCAAUGAAGCCGCUGGUGCGCCACCCAGGCGAUCCACUGGCGCUGGAAAAGCUGCGCCAAUGCGAGGUGCACAUGCAGCCACCAAAGCGUCCAAGCUGCUGCAAAACUUGGCUCUCCAAGUUCCCCACAAGACAAUGUUCUAGAUCGAAGAGAAUCGAUGUCAUAUCGCGCAUCACGUUCCCACUGGUCUUUGCGCUCUUCAAUCUGGUCUACUGGAGCACAUAUCUCUUCAGGGAGGAGGAGGAUGAACAAAAAUAUAUGUCCGAGCAUUUUUAGUUGCAAACGAAUUGGCCAGAGACAGAAACAGAAACAGAAACUGUGUAAAACAUAGAGCAAGAGUGAACCGGUGGGUACCGCUAUCUUUUACUAUUACCUUUACUAAUAGUACAGUUUGAUUUAUUUUAUGUAAAUUUAGCUUGCAUUUAGUUCAAAUAAAUAACAUAAGUUAAUUUCAUGUAGCUAUUAGUAAUGCAUAUAUUUCACUUUGAUUCGGUUCUGAACGAGCAAUCGGUAACCACAUUUAACAGCAUUUAAAUUUCAGCCAAUUAACAUUCACAUCUAGAACUUCGAAACAUAAUAUUCGGCAUGUCAGAGCUCAUUUUGCAUUACACUUAUUAAUAGCAUUAGUACUAGUUAAACAUUUUAUUUAGUAUAUUUAUUAUUAGAUUUAACUUUUAUUAACACUGGGCACACAGCAUUGAGCCCCUCGACUCAGCGCCUGUGCCCAAUUAGUAAGUUAUUUUGCCUAAGUAGUUUAACAAUAAACCGGAAAACCAGUUAACAGACAAUACUAAUACAUAAACAAUUAGAUGAAACACCCACAAUUAAACUAACACACACACUUUUGCAAGCGCAUACAUAUUUAGUCUAAAAUUAAUUUAAAUUAACUCCAUUAAUUUGUAUUCGAGAGAACGUAAGUUUUGUUUAUUAAGUGCCUUGUGUGCGUUGAAGCAAACUAAAGGCCUAAUUGGGCCUGCUAACUACUAACUUAGUGUUUGUCUGCCACAGUUCAAUUAAACCAACAACUAAAUACUUAGCUAAAAUCCAAGUCUAUACAUAUGCACUUGCAGUUUAAAUAUAAGAAACUAAAAAAACGACUUUUGAUUUUCGAUUUGUAGCCGAAACUGAAACUGAAACUGAAUUCUACAUAGCAGCAGCGAUUAAAGCAAACAAUAAAUAUGACACCAACAAUCUAAUAAGCAACCAACUAUUAUAUUUUGUAGCAAUAUUUUGUAAUAUUUUUAAU